UUGUAAUCACCCACCGUUGCGAAAAGGGGCCAGUUUGCUCGCGAAGGUUGCGCGGUGGAGUGAAGAUGACGCUAGGGCGGGGUCAGAUCCUGCUGGUGGUGGUGGUAGCACUGUCCGCCCGGCCUACUGCAGCGCUCCAAGCGGCGGACGACAAGCCGACGUGCGGGUUUGAGUCGUGCCACGAGACGAAGGAGGGACUGGUCAACGUGCACCUCAUCCCGCACUCGCACGACGACGUCGGCUGGGUCAAGACCGUGGACGAGUACUACUACGGCCUGAACCCGUCCCUAGAUACAGCUAACGUGUCUAUGAUAUUAGAUUCAGUAUUCCAGGAAAUAAAAAAUGACCCCACGAGAAGGUACAUUCAGGUGGAGACGGCCUACCUGUGGAUGUGGUGGCAGCACCAAAACGACGCGGUCAGGGAGCAGUACCGCCAACUGGUGCAGAGCGGUCGAAUCCAGAUGACAGGUGGUGGUUGGAGCAUGCCCGACGAGGCGACGACCACCUACCAGGCCCUCAUCGACAACUUCAGCUGGGGAUUCAAGUUCCUGAACGAUACGUUCGGACCGUGCGGCGUCCCGAACAUCGGCUGGCAGAUCGACGCGUUCGGCCACUCGCGCGAGACGGCGUCCAUCAUGGCGGCAAUGGGCUUCCAGGGCACGUUCCUGGGCCACCUCGACUACCAGGAGCACGACGCCAGGGUGAAAUACUCCAACCUGGAGAUGGUGUGGCACUCCAGCAGCAAUCUGGGCCCGCGGGCCGACAUGUUCGCGAGCGGCCUGUACAGCGGCUACAUCCCGCCCGACGGCUGCUGCUGGGACCUGCGCUGCGGAGACGGCGACAUCGGCAAGAACACCGAGGAAGUGGCGAAAAAUAUUAUUACUUAUGUGAAAACCCAACAGAGAAGCUACCGAACAAAACAUUUAAUGAUGUUUAUGGGGAAUGAUUUUACGUACAUGAAUGCAACAAGAUUUUUCUCAAACAUCGACGAAGUGAUUGGGCUGGUGAACGGCCUGCAGAAGAACGGCAGCCUCGUGAACCUGCUGUACUCGACGCCCUCCUGCUACGUGCGCGCCGUCAACCGGGCCGAUCCCUCGCUCAACACCAAGAGCGACGACUUCCUGCCCUUCGUGGAGGACGUGUCCACGGUGUGGAACGGCUGCUACACGUCGCGGCCCACGCUCAAGUACCUCGAGCGGCUGGCCAACAGCUUCAUGCAGGUGCUGAAGCAGCUGACAGCGCUGGCCCGGACGGCGGCCUCGCGCCUGGGCCCGCUGGACGAGCUGCGCCGCGCCCUGGGCAUCCUGCAGCACCACGACGCCAUCACGGGCACGCACCGGCAGCACGUCUCCGAGGACUACGUGCGGAGGCUGACCGCGGCCGUCGACGGCUGCGAGGGGCUGGCGCGGACCGCGCUCAACGCUCUGGUCGCGGGGGCCGAAGCCGCCGGCGACGAAGUGGCGAUGGAGUCCUGCCCGCUGCUGAACAUCAGCCAGUGCGAGGUGUCCGAGCGGAACGACGAGUUCGUCGUGACGGUGUACAACCCUCUCAGCAGGGCGGUCUCCCACUACGUGCGGGUGCCCGUCAGAGAGGGCGACUACUCGGUCACCAGCCUAGACGGCAAGUUGCUGGCCGCCGUCCCGUGUCGCGCGCCAACUUGGGGCUCGGCGCUGCCGGCGCAGCUGGUGCCUGUCCACGCCCCGGUGCUGGACCUGGAGGAACGCCGCAGCGCCGCAGUGCAGGAGGUGGUGUUCCGAGCCGCCGACCUGCCGCCGCUGGGGCUGCGGUCCUACCGCGUGGCCAGGUCCCCCGGGAGUCCGCGCAGCCGGCUGCCCCCCGUCGCCGACACAUCCAUCGGCAACGGCCACCUGACCGUGGAGAUAGACUCCGUGAGCGGACUUGUGAAGUACAUCACCAGCCACGGCACGAGAAUUCCCGUCCAGCAGAACUUCUUCUACUACCUGUCCAGGUGGGACGACGGCGCGUACGCCUUCAAGCCUCGAACCCCCAAACCGCUGAAGAUAGUCGACAAAGCCACCUUCGUGGUGUACAAAGGGGAACUUGUGGAGGAGAUACAUCAGAUAUUCAACGACUGGGUCAGCCAGGUCAUACGAGUGUAUAAAGAAGAUGAUCACGUGGAGUUUGAAUGGCUGGUUGGAACGGUACCAGCACGGCUGAACGGGCGCAACGUGGUCUCCAAGUACCUGACGGGGCUGCAGUCGAACGCGACCUUCUACACGGACUCGAACGGGCGCGAGAUGCAGCGCAGGGUGCGGAACCACCGGGCCGACUUCGUGCUGGAGCUGGACGAGCCGGUGGCCGCCAACUACUACCCGGUGCCGUCCAGGAUCGUCCUCAGGGACGAGGAGGGCGGGCUGGAGUUCGCCGUGCUCACGGACCGGGCAGAGGGUGGUACCAGCCUGGCGCACGGACAGGUGGAGCUCAUGGUGCACCGGCGGAUGAUAACGGAGGACUACAAGGGCCUGGGCGAGUACAUGAACGACACGCAGCCGGCGCGCGGGAAGCACCUCGUGCUGUGCGGCAACGCGACCAGCGACCAGGGCCCCAGCCUCGCCGCCAGGCAGCGCCUGCUGGCGGAGCAGGGCAUGCUGCGGCCGUGGACCUUCUUCAGCCCGGGCGGCGGCUGGCCCGCCGGCUACAGCCACCGCUUCUCGGGACUGCGGAAGGCGCUGCCGCAGAACGUGCACGUGCUGACGCUGGAGCCGUGGGGCGAGGGCACGGUGCUCCUGAGGCUGGAGCACAUCAUGGAGAGCACCGACGACCCGACGCUGUCGCAGAACGUCACCAUCGACAUCCAGGACCUCUUUGCGACAAUGACCGUCAGCCACUUCAAAGAGACCACGCUCGACGGAAGCCAGUGGCUCGUCGACGUGAAGAGGUUCACCUGGCGCACUAAAGAUGGCAGCAGUGGUGGCUCCACUCCUAAACCCAUAACCAGCGGCUCCCUCGUCACACUUGGUCCCAUGGAAAUAAGGACAUUCAUAGUUACUGUAAAGUAGAUUGUGUAUGUAAGCCGUUUUGUCCUAGAAAAUUAGCCACUUUCCAAGUGGUUUCUCUGAAAUGAUUUAGAUGACAUAUUUUGUUAAAUGUUUUUUGAAUAAUGACAAACUUUGGAAAAAGAAACUAUAGACAUAAGUGAAGAAUGUUCUCACUAAUAACCAAAUUCAGUUGAAAGGAAGGUAUACCUCUGUAAAGCACAACUGAUAAACCUUGUAUUCAAUUUUUAAGCACAGAAAUUUGCAGUAUGUGAUUGUUGUCCAGCAUCUGAUUCAAUGUUUGCAAGAUUUGUUUUUAUUGGGUUUAACAUCUUGUCAUGGUCAAUAAAUAGACUUAGAUGAA